AUGGCCCUUCUUCAAGGUCGAGUGAAAAGUAUCCUGUCUGGCGACACCUUGGUGGUCGCCAACCAAAAAGGUGCCGAACGCACUCUGUCUCUGGCCUACAUCAGCGCCCCUCGUCUGAGACGUGAGGGUGACGAGCCGUUUGCGUUCCAAUCCCGCGAAUUCCUUCGAGAACACCUCCUGGGCAAGGUGGUUCAGUUCCAGGUCCUCUAUGCCAUUCCUACCACGAAGCGAGAAUACGGCCGAGUCAAACUUCCCAACGGGCCAGAGUUUCCGGAGCUGAUCGUGCAAGAAGGCUGGGCUAAAGUUCGCGAAGAUGCAGGUAGAAAGGAAGACGACGAAAGCGCUCUGGCAUACCUUGAUCUUCUGCGCUCACUCGAGUCGGAGGCAAAGGCAGCCAACAAGGGUGUCUGGGGCACCGGAGGUCACAUAGAAAGCUCCUCGGAGGUAUCUAAUCCCAAUGCCUUGGUCGAGCAGUACAAAGGCAAGAAGGUCGAGGCAAUCGUUGAACGUGUCCUGACCGGUGACCGCUUGAUCGCUCGACUCAUGCUCACUCCCACAAAACAUGUUCAGACCAUGCUUGUUCUGGCUGGCGUACGAGCUCCUGCCACGAAACGCACUUCGCCGGAGGGCAAAGAGGUUCCAGCUGAGCCUUGCGGACCCGAAGCGCAUUCCUUCGUGGACGAGAGAUUACACCAGCGGAAAUGCGUGGUCGAGUUACUGGGCGUGACGCCCCAGCAUCAGCUUAUUGCCCAUGUCCUACACCCCAAGGGAAAUAUUGCCAAGUUCCUUCUCGAAGCUGGGUUGGCGAGGUGCAACGAUCAACAUGUCACCUUGCUGGGCAAUGAGAUGGCACAAUUCCGAAACGCGGAGAAUGCGGCCAAGACCGCGAAGAGAGGUAUCUUCACAGGCAUAUCGGCCACGAAGGCCUCGGGUGUACAGGACGCCGACUUCACUGUGUCCCGAGUCCUGAAUGCUGAGACAAUCUUCAUCCGACCUCGUUCUGGCGAUGAACGGAAGGUCACCCUUUCCAGUAUCCGUCAGCCGAAACCCUCGGAUCCCAAGCAGGCGCCCUUCGGCGCGGACGCAAAGGAGUUCCUGCGAAAGCGAUUGAUUGGCAAGCAUGUCAAGGUGUCGAUCGACGGAAAGAAGCCGGCGUCGGAAGGGUUCGAGGAGCGAGAAGUGGCCACGGUGAUGGUGAAUGGGAAGAAUAUCGCGUUGGCCUUGGUCGAAGCAGGCUAUGCCUCUGUCAUCCGACACCGACGCGACGAUGACGACCGAUCACCAGACUACGAUGCUCUGCUUUUGGCCGAAGAGACGGCCCAGAAGGAGGAGAAAGGUAUGUGGUCGUCCAAACCACCGGCGAAUAAACAUUAUCAGGACUAUUCCGAAAGCUUGCAGAAGGCCAGGAUGGAGGCUUCGGUGCUCCAACGACAAAAGAAAGUACCUGCUGUGGUUGACUUCGUCCGGUCGGGAUCUAGAUUCGUCGUCCUGGUCCCUCGCGACAAUGCCAAGCUCACAUUUGUGCUCUCCGGCAUUCGGACACCCAAACCUGCUCGACAGCCGGGUGACACGGCCGAGCCUUUCGGACAAGAAGCCUAUGAGUUCGCCUACCGAAGAUGUAUGCAACGAGAUGUGGAGAUCGACGUGGAGAACGUUGACAAGGUUGGUGGCUUCAUCGGCACCCUGUACGUCGGCCGAGAAAACUUUGCAAAGGCUUUGGUCGAGGAGGGUCUGGCGGAAGUGCACGCUUACUCAGCCGAGCAAAGCGGUCAUGCCAAUGAACUGUUCGCCGCGGAGCAGAAAGCCAAAGAAGCCCGCAAAGGAAUGUGGCAUGAUUGGGAUCCCAGCAAAGAACCGGAAGAAGAGGUGAAUGGGCAUGCUACCGACGGUGCGAACGGCACCAACGGAGAAUCAGCCGAACCAGCGUCCAGACGUAAGGACUACCGUGAUGUGGUGGUGACCAAUGUGGACGAAGCCGGUAAACUCAAGGUUCAACAGGUCGGACCGGGCACGGCGGCGUUGACUGAAUUGAUGAAGUCGUUCAAGUCGUUCCAUCUGAAUAAAGCGAACGAGCAGCCUCUUUCCGGGUCUCCCAAAGUUGGCGACGUGGUUGCUGCCAAGUUCACCGCGGACAACGAGUGGUACCGAGCGAAGGUACGACGGGUGGACAGGGAGGGAAAGCAAGUGGAUGUGACAUAUCUGGACUAUGGCAACUCGGAGACCAUUCCAUGGAGCCGGUUACGACCGCUGGCUCAACCACAAUUCUCGACGCAAAAGCUGAAGCCACAGGCGACCGACGCGGUGUUGUCCUUCCUGCAACUUCCCACCUCACUCCAGUAUCUUCGCGACGCGGUCGAUUUCAUUGCGGAGCAGACCGAGGGACGAGAUUUGGUUGCCAAUGUGGAUUAUGUGGCCCCAGAAGGCACGCUUCACAUCACUUUACUCGAUCCCAAGAUCUCGAGCAACAUCGACGAGAGCAUCAACGCGGAAAUCGUGCGAGAAGGGUUGGCCAUGGUGCCGACCAAGCUCAAACCCUGGGAGCGACAGGCCACUGAGACGUUGACGCACCUGAAUGAGCUUCAAGACGAGGCAAAAAAGGAGCGCCGCGGCAUGUGGGAGUAUGGAGACUUGACGGAGGAUUAG